UGAGAGGUUGCAGUGCUCAGCUCCACAUGUUCUCUUCUUCCAGGAAGGCUAUAUACGAUACCCUUCCCCCAAUUCAUCCUGAAGUUCUCUGAGUGAGGGGCAAUUCACUCUCAAACACCCCACCAUCCCCUGCGUUGAGACCCAUCACCAUGGCCAAACGUGUAUGCAUCGUCGGCGCCGGACCCUCCGGCCUCGUCGCCGCAAAGACUUUCCUCCACAACGCACCAAAGGGCGCCUUUGACGUGACAAUCUUCGACGCCCAACGACGCAUCGGCGGCCUGUGGCCCACGCGCCGCGACGAUGUUGACGGCCUCGUCCACCCUCUCAUGCUCGCAAACCAGAGCAAACACACUGUGCAGUUCAGCGAUCUCGCCUGGGCCCCUGAGGAUCCCGACUUCCCGCGCGCCUGGAUGGUCGGCCGCUACCUGGAACGCUACAUCGAGCGCUACCUCAAAGGCACUGAUGCUGCCGCUGCAGCAACCUUGAAGCUUGGCCAUCGCGUCGUCGAUACAGAGCUCUCCUCCAAAGAUGGCUCAUGGACUGUCACAGUCGAGAGCGAGGCCGGCGGGAGAGAGACGAGCGUGUUCGAUUACCUGCUUGUGUCCUCUGGCUUCUUUGGCAAGCCCAUUGUGCCAGACGUCGUCUCUGGCGGUGCCGGUACGGAGAUCCCCGUGGUGCACAGCAGCAAGUACCGCGAUCUUCAGACCUUGUUCCCCGAUGGCGUGAAGAACGGCGGCAAGAUUCUGGUCGUAGGAGGACAGAUGUCUGGCGUCGAGAUCGCGGGGACCAUCGCCACGCACAUAUCCUGCGCCGUCAACGCACCGGACCCGAGCCCCGUGCCGAACGCGGAGAAGCUCACGGUCGAGCAUCUCACUCAGCGUCCAACGUGGGUAUUUCCCCUCCACACCACGCCAAAGCCCGGCGCGAAAGCAGCCCCCUUCCUACCCCUAGACUUCCCAUCCUACAACCUCAGCAACCGCCCACACCCCCUGGAGAACAGCCAAGGCCACAUCACCCCCGACGCCGCACGCUUAACCCACGGCAUUUACACAACCUCCCUAGGCCAAGACCAAUCCGGCUUCUCCCCCUCCGUCGCCGUAACGUCCAAACACCACUCGGACCCAGCUUACCUCGCUGUCUCGGAGAACUACAUGGAAUUCGUCCGCGCCGGCCUCAUCAACAUCACAACCGGCAAACUCGACUCCGUCACCGGCACAACCGCAAAGAUCACGAACCCUUCCUCCUCCUCCUCCGCCGCCGCCACUUCAGAAAUCGAGAACGUCGCAGCCGUCAUCCUCGCAACGGGCUUCGAUCCCUCCCCCUGCCUCUCCUUCCUCCCCUCCUCCGUUCUCACAACCCUAAAUCACUCCCCCUCUCACCCCUCUCUCCCCCUCGCCCUCGCCUUCCACGGAACCCACGUCAAAGACCUCCCGACCCUAGGCUUCGUAGGCUUCUACCGGUCCCCCUACUGGGGCGUGAUGGAAAUGCAAGCCCGCUUCCUCUCCGCCCUCUGGGCGUCAUCCCCUUCCACACGCCCGCCGGCCCUCACCGAAGCACUCCUAGACGACGCCUCAGACUGGCGCACCGUCUCCCUCCGCGACGACCCCCGCGCCUCCCAGUUCCCAAUGGGCGACUACGCCUACCUAAUGCAACAAUUCUCCCUCGCCCUCUCCAUACCAAUCUCCCCGCCCGCGGCACCCCUAACCCCGGCCCUCCCUCACAACAACAAACCAAUGGACAUACUCACCCCAGCCCGCUACCUCUCCCCGCUCGCCUCCGAAUCCGCCAAAUCCGAGGCCGAGAACUCUCUAGCACAAACAAACGCCGCAGCAAUCGCAGGCCUGACAACAUCCCGCUUCGUGCCCCGCGCCGUCUUCCGCAGCUUACUAGGAACAUGGAAGCUCGACCGCGAUCUCACGAGCAGAUUACCGAGCCACCCAAGCGGCCACUUCAGCGGGACAGCACAAUUCCUCCUCCGCAACAAGACCGCCGACGGCCUGAAAUGCGCCUCCGGACCCGCCUCCGCGGAUGAAACCCCAGACGCCAACGACGACGGCGCCCUGGCGACAGAAUACCUCUACAUCGAAGACGGCGAAUUCCGCGCCUCAAACGGCCUCGUCUUCCGCGCGACCCGCCGCUACGUCUGGCGCUACGACGAAAAGAAAGACAUAAUCAGCGUCUGGUUCGCAAAAGUCAACGAGCCGAAGCGGGCAGAUUACCUCUUCCACGAGAUCGAGUUCGAAGGACCGCCGCAAGAUGAUCAGAAGAAUCCCUGGCAGGCAAAGGCUGGGCACCUCUGCAUUGACGAUUAUUAUGACGUAAAGUACGACUUCGCCUUCAAGGCUGUCAACCUCGAGGAGUGGAAUAUCAAGUAUACUGUCAACGGGCCACAGAAAGAUUACACGAUACAUGGCAUCUAUAGACGCUAG